AUGCCGGACGGGCUGGAGAUUGACCGGGAGAACCCGCUCAACGGCGUCAUUGCCGGGUACGCGGAGCACGUCGUCGUGUGCACGGGCAAGGACGAUUGGCCGUCCAAGAUUGAGGACGAGAACAGCGGCGAUAAUCUCGCGGCGGAUCUCAAGGAGCUGUUUGGCCGGGGCGGCAAGUAUACGGAUCCCUUCCACCACAUCUCCGUCAUCAACUCGUCCUUCCCGAGCUCGGCGCCCCCCCGCAAGGCCGUCCAGUCGACGUCGGUCUACCUGCUGCCGAGCUUCAAGUACGUGCCCUUCCUGCCGCGCGUGUCCUUCGACAGCGUCAAGGCCCUGGCCAAGGGCUUCCUGCUGCCGGAGCGGCUGCACGCCGCGCACGCCGGCCUGUCGCCCGCGCACCGGGACCGGCUGACGCGCAAGGCGGCCUUCCAGGGCCUGCUGCCCGGCGUGCGGGACGUGGCGGACGUGCUGGUGCUGAUUUGCGGGCACGGGGGCCGGGACGUGCGGUGCGGCGUCAUGGGCCCCGUGUUGAGGAGCGAGUUUGAGGAUAAGCUUGGGAGGAAGGGGUUCACGGUUGCGAGGGAGGCGGUCCAGGUUGGGAGCCUGGAGGAGGAGGAGAUGAAGAGGGUGGAGGGGAGCAGUAGCAGCGAUAGCAGCAGCAGCAGCAGCAGCAGCGGCGAGAAGGUUGCGCGAGUUGGGUUGAUUAGCCAUAUCGGGGGACACAAGUUCGCGGGCAACGUGAUCAUCUACAUCCCGCCUGGAUUCACGACCGAGGGGGGCGAAAGGCAUCCCUUGGCCGGAUGCGGGAUCUGGUACGGGAGGGUAGAGCCGAAGCACGUCGAGGGGAUUGUGGGCGAGACGGUGAUGGCCGGGAGGGUGGUGGAGGACAUGUUCCGGGGAGGCAUCGAUGCACACCGACGGAUUCUGCGGCUGUGA